AAAACCACAUUCUCUGCUGAUUCACCGGCUAAAUAUGCAAUGAGUCUCCUGCCUCGCCCAUGAGCACCCGCUGGCAAAGUGGAGGAAAAUAACUCCCCGUUUUCAAAACCAAAAGUAUUUAACGGCCUUGGUUCUGUGCACAAAGCUGGACUUUAAAACUCAUGGUAAGUAAGGAGCCACUAAUUAUUUGUGGUUAAUAUAACCCCACAUAGAUAGGGACCUGGAGAUUCUAACUUUCUUUGCUGACUCCUCCCCACCCCCAACCGCGCAAGAGUGGUGGUUCCUUACAACUAGUGUCCCCCCCUCCCGCCGAAUGGCUUCUCCCAGGAGGUCACUCUCCCACGCAUGCGCGUUGCUUCGUACCGGGCAGAUUGACUGCUCUAGCCAUGGGCGCUGAGUUGCGGCAGCUGCGGCUGCAACAGAAGAGGCGGUUGGUCCAGGAGCGGAUCCGGGAGUUCCCCGAUUUUCCCACGCCGGGGGUGCUUUUCCGGUAAGCGGGACGGGUAGCGGCCACUUGGGGCUAUAUGUGAUGCCGAGGUCUUGUUCCCCUGAGCAUGUGCAGAGGGCAGUCCUUCCCCCUCCCUUGGGGAAGCGCUCCUGUUGCCAGUGAGCCACUACAAGGUCCCGGCGACUGCGGAAAGGAAAAUGCACUCUGCCCAUGCUCCGAAGUACACUUUUUUUCUGACCGUAAACUUCUUCCCUCUGGUUGUCGAAUUCCUCUCAUUUAAGAGGCUCCAGGGCUCAGAUUAAGCCGGUCUCGAAGUAGGGGUGGGGGUGGUCGUUUUCUAAAAAUAUCCCUUUCUUUAUGAUUACGCCCUCCAUGCGCCUGGUGCUCUCCAAAGUACCAGCAGGACAGGUCUCUGGAGGAGCUUGCAGUCCAGAAAGCAUAAUCAGUUAUGUGCGCAUUUGCUACAUGAUUUGCCCCAGGAAGGACUGCAGAGAUGAAAGGAGGACCAUGCUGGUUUUUGCCCUCGAUCAGGGGACAAAGGAGAACCAGGACCCUGUGCUUCUGCCCUCUCAGCAAGUAUGGGCAUCCACAGGGGUGGGUGGGUGGGUGGGACAUGACCCAAAGCUCCCUGACUCCACAGUCAGUUUCUAGCAUGCGUGGAACCUGAGAUAUAAGACGAAAUGUGUAGCCAUGAUUCUUCUCAUUUUUUGGCCUGUUUCCCCCUUUCAGUGUUUUACUUUGCCCCAGCGAAAAGGUCCUGCUGAGGCCCAUGCCCCAAAGAGCGCCAUAGCAAGCGGAAUAUGCCACCUGUGGGCCAGGGGAUGUGACUGAAGUGAUACCUAGCUUUCAGGUUUGAUUAAGCCUAGAGGAAGUGGGAGAAUAAGGAAAAUACACAAGAGGUUGGAUACCUGUUGCUUUAACUUCAUUUAUAAAGCAGCUCCAAUGCUGGAUCCCAAAUAUUUUUCUUCUGAACGAUAAUUCCCACUCACAAAUAAUUUCUUUUGACAAGUGCUUCUUUCUCUCCAUAGAGAUAUCACCCCCCUCUUAAAGGACCCGGUUGCCUUUGCAGCUGCAAUUGACCUCCUGGAAGCUCAUGUCAAGGCCUCACAUCCCCAGGUUGAGUACAUUGCAGGUGAGUCAGGGACCAGUUUGUCUUUAAAGCUCUGGAGGGCACCAGGUUGGGGGAGGCUGUCCUUAAGAGAAAGUCAGUGGAUCUUGAGGCCAUGAAUGCCCCAUCUACAAACAUGCUGCAUCCUGACAACAAAUCUUCCUCCCUUGACUCCUCUGAGUUCUCUGUGCAUGCUCAGAUGCACUCUUGGUCAAAUGUAUAUGCCAAGGCUGAGCCACUGAAACCAGACAGUACUCCCUUUAAAUCAUAAAGAGCUUGGCAUUUGCUCCACUUAAGCCUCCACUGAAUGGCCUCACAAACAGCAGAAGAAGUGCUAAACCUGUGCCUGGUUUCUCCCUGGUCUGCUAACUUUCUACUUGCGGGGGAUUGCACUGCAUAGAGAAGCAUUCUGUCAUGUGAACGCGUGCAGGCCCCCUGCAAUGUGAAGUCCAGAGACAGGUUUACAAUCUCAUCUUCCUGUCAGCAGGUAGAACGCCUCAGAUACCACACUCACUGUGCCACAACGAUGGGAGUACCGCUUUUAACUUUGAGGACUGAGAAAGUAAGCUGCUGCUUCUCUGCUUCUGACAGGUCUUGAUUCCCGAGGAUUCCUUUUUGGACCAGUUUUGGCACAGAGAUUGGGAGUUGGAUUUGUGCUAAUAAGGAAGAAGGGGAAGCUACCAGGUCCCACAGUGUCCGUUGCCUACUCUCUGGAAUAUGGCCAGGUAUUGGUGGGAUUUUUUUCUAGGGGGUGGAGGUGGGGGCUAAUCAAAGGAUUUCAAAUGCAGCUCUGGUGGAUGGGCUUCUAAAGAUCGUCCAGUGUUGAUUUAUGCUGCCUCAGCAGGAGAAUGCAAAGCCAUUUUUUUUAAAAGUGUAUUAUAAUUUUUAAUUUACCACAUUUGUACACCAAAAAAUCUUAGAGCAGCUUAGCAAAGUCAGCUCUAAGACAGUCUCUUCCCUCACGCUCACAAUCUAAAAAUACGUGACACAUGAGGAAAAAGGAGGAGGGAAAAGCUGGAACACAAAUUCUUUUUUCCCUUUAUUUGCAUUUUCAAAAACAGGAACAGAGCACACUUCACCCCCCUCCGCCUGCCCCACUUACGACUUUGUACCAAAUACAGCAUGUAUACAUAUACCAUAUAACUUCCCUUCCACCCUUUUCCUGGUUCCUUUGUUUUUCUACUCCAUGUAAUCACAUCUUUUUAAUCAUCCAGUUUGUUAUCUAUUAAAAAAGUAUUUCGACGCUGCUGGAUUUACUUGAGGCCUGCUAAGCUAUGUAUUUGUUUAUACUGGUUCUUAUCCAUUCCUCCUUGUAUUCCUUCUCUUCGUUUUCUCUUAUCCUGUUUGUCAGACCAUCCAGUCCAGCAUAUUCGAACAUUUUACACUGCCAUUCUUCCUUAGUGGGUACUAUAGUUGUUCUCCACCUUUGUGCCAAUAAGGUUCUAGCUGUGGCGGUGGCAUAUAGUAAUAAACUCUUGGUUGUUUUUUUACCUCCAUUGUUACCAUUCCCAAGAGGAAAAUCUCAGGUGUUUUGGGGGAAGUUUUCUUUUUAAUUCUUUAUAUAGUUGCCCAAUAUUCCUUAAUUACUUUACAGGACCGCCACAUUGGAAAAAGGAUCGCUCAAUUUUAUUACACUUCCAACAUAUACAUUUUUCUUUUUUUAGACAUUUUCACCAAUCUGGUGUGUGUUGAACACCAUCUGUGGGUCAUUUUCAUAUUUUAUCGCAUAGCAUGCCAUGAAAUUCAUAUUCACUUUCCACAGCUUUUUGCAUAAUUCAUAAUCAAUAUUGUGACCCACAUCUUGCCAAACACAAGUUCUUAUGGUUCUUGGAAGUUACAACUGAGGCAAGUGGUGUUUCUGGCUGCCAUUUGCUUGAUAAAGAGUAGCCCCACCCCUGAAGUCCUCUUUCCACCCCGAUCCCCAUCAAAUCCCUUAUUAACAUCCAUGCCACUGUUCUUCCCACAGACAGCUGACUUGCUGGCGGUUGAGUCCUCCCUGCUCCCUCACCAAUGCCAGGCAGUUCUGUCCCACAUUUUGGGGUGAUGAGCCCCCCACCCCAGGAUUCUGGCCACUACAUUGCCCAUUCAGCAAGCCUAAAAUCCACCCUUCUUUUGCACCCCACAGGCAGAGCUUGAAGUUCAAAAUGACGCAGUGAACCCCGGUCAGAAUGUGCUCUUGAUCGAUGACCUGCUUGCCACAGGAGGUGAGAACAGGGCAGAUACUGAGGCUGUUGGGUAGAUUGGCAGUCGGGGUCCUCUCCAGUUCUGCAGACACCCAAAUGGAAGAUGACGCCCCCGCUGGCUUAGCCCAAAGACAGACUUGCCAUGUCCCUCUUUAUUCCUGCUCUCUUGCCUGCCCAGGACCUUGUGGAUUCAUUGUGGGUGCUGGUCAGCACUGGGUGACAUGCCAGGCUUUGCUUGCUCAAGCCAUAUUUUUCCUCCUUAAUCUCAAGUGUGCAACAUGAUAGUUCUGCACCCGAGAGUGGAACAAGUCUGCAAUCUCCAUGCUAGACUCGACAUGUAAGCAGAUCUCACAGCUAAAACAUUAUCCAGCCUCAUUUUUCUGCCUUUUUGUUUUAGUUUCCUUCUCAAAAGUUGCCUCUCAACUUGUGUCACAUUUUUCCUGAUGAGGAAUUCUGGAGAACUCGGAAGCUUGCUUCCAUUUUUUUACUUGGUCCUAAUUACCCAAUUGCAAACACAUGGCGUAAUGUUGGCCCACUUGGGUUUAAAAUGGGAUUUAACAUAUUGGUGGAGCAUAAGGUUGUGCCCUACCCCACACUGUUAAAAGCAGCAUACUCUGAGUGCCAGUUGUUGGGAAUCACAAGUUAGGGGAGAGAUAUUCCGAUAGCUGUCUGGUUGGCCAUGGAGGGAACAGGAUGUGGGCUCCAGCUGUGGGUUCUUCUCAUGUUACAAUCAACGGUAGCUGAAUAGUGCAGGUUUUUCUUCUGCAUGAGUUAACAUCCCCGUCUCUCAUCUAGGGACCAUGCAAGCUGCCUGUGAGCUGAUGAAGAAGCUGGGGGCUAAUAUCCUGGAGUGUGUGGUACUUAUAGAGUUAAAGUCCCUUAAAGGACAAGAAGCCAUCAAGCCAAACUCCCUCUACUCGCUGCUGCAGUAUGACUGAUACCCAGGAGUGACCGCCUGCCUCAAGCCUUGUUUCAGUUGAGAUGGCCUUGCUGCCUUCCUCUGCCAAACAAUUCCCAGCUUUGCAUUGUUGCCUGCAAGCUUUCUUUCCUUUUUUUUCUUAAAGUGACCCUUGCUCCCAUCAAGUUGCCGUUGUCACCCUGGACUUUGUACGUGAAGGGCUAAUUAUUUAAGUGCCAUGGGAGAGGCUUUUAUUAUUAUUAAAAGCACCAAAUGAAGCUCGGAUUUUUCUUUAAGGCUAUCUCCUUGUAGGCAGUCUUGGGGAUGACUCGCUCACCAGAACCCAGGCCUAGAGGCUUCCCAGAGUCAGCCUUUUCAAAACAGAAGUCACUUACACCUUUUAGAAAGCAAGAGACUGUUAUUCCUCUAUGCUUAUUGGGGGGGGGGGCAGGGAGAGCCAGCCUAGUGUCCUUGAAACAUUUUGGACUACAGUUCCCAUCAGCCUCAGUAAGAAGACAUGAUGGAAGUUGUAGUCCUUGCAAAAGCUGGAAUGCACCCCCAGGGCAGGGAUGCCUAGGGUUGGCAUCGGUCUUGGUUGCUAAAUUCCACCUAAACCAUACCAGCAUAUUAUGGCCGUCCUCUUAGAACACUUUGGACGAACUGCACCCUGAGCAUUUCCCCCAAUAGCUAUGGCUUGCGGUUCUGCACAGGUCUUUUGGCACUGGAAUGGAAAAGUACUUCUGUGCUGUCCCGGAUUUGAAACGGCUUGUAAAAAAAAUGUCCCUUUCACGUAAUGUACAGGUGAGGAAGAGAACCAGGUAGUAAAAGCACCAGUGACUUAAAACCAUCCAGUGUAAGAGUAGAACCAUUGAAAUUAAUGGACAUGACUUAGUGGAUACAGCCCACUCUUAACCCUUUCCUUCCCCCUCCUUGACUCUCUUCAAAAUAACUCUUCUGGCUAAAAUCAUUUAUGUUAUCAGCAUUAAGAGACGCAUACAAAAUGUCUCUGCUUAUGUUUACUUUAAAGUUAAAAAUAUUCUCUAUAUAUAAUAAAUAUUAUACUCUGAUCACCCUAGAACUUCUCUUAUGCCAACACCUUAAAAAAACAACAACCCCAACUCGAAAAAGAAUGAAGUUUUAUUUGCAUAAUUAACAAUAACGCCAUUUUUUCUAGCUAGGUCUUCAGUUUUGCCAUCAAAAUACACUGUGCAGACUCACCUGCACCACUUUUCUGGUGUGGAUUCUUCCGUUUGCUGUGGGUUUGGGGUCGUUUGGUUUUGUUGCAUUCUGCUUUCUCUUUAUUUUCAUGCUGAUUUCUAAAAUGUUAUUGCAAGGUUGCUCUAACUACUAAAAAUGGCAUCAAGAUCAUUUCAACAAAAGGCAGUAGUAGCUACUGGAGGUGCCUCAGCUAUCUCCCAUCAGCCUCAGUUAGCACGGCUGGUGUUCAGGAUGAUAGGAGUUGGUAGUCCAGCGACAGCUCGAGGGCCUCAAAUUAGCCACCCCUUAAGCUUGCAAGCAGAGUCAGUUAAGGUAUUUGUGAAUAGGGGUUUUAUUCAGCUUCCUGUGGCCACAGAACAGAUAAUCCAGUGCUGCCACUGAUGGUUUUGGAGUUAGUACAGAAUAGCUCUCGUGCUGCUGCAAAACUCAGUGCUGCAAUGCUAAGAGGCAGGUGCAGGCCAGGGACCUCAAUUCAAGGGCCCCAUUUAGCUCCCAAACCCAUGGAUUGCCUAACAGGGUGAACUAUAUUUAAUUUAAUAGGUUUAAGGCAAAUAAGUCACAACAGCAGUUGUCUCAGCAUCUGCUAAAGGAAAGAGCCAAAAAAAUAAAGGAAGGGGAAGAGAUGAGGUCACAUGCAGUCACAAGGAAGUCCCUUUACUGGCAGAUAGAUUCCCUGGUUCCAUGUGUGCGAUUGUAGAGCCGUACAAUGGGCUGGGCCAGCCUUUCCCAACCUCAGGGUCCCAGGUGGUUGGGCUACAAAUCCCAUAAUCCUUAACCAGGCGAGAGCUGUGGUCAGGGAAGAUGGGAGCUGUAAGUCCAACAUCUGGGGAAAGGUUGAGACAGGGUGCUCUAGGGCAUGCAAAGUCAAGUCACAACCACACCAUACAUUACAAACACAUGACUUCCCCCCCCAAAGAUCCUGGGAACUGUAGUUUACCACUCAGAGCUAGAACCCCUGCACCCUUAACAAACUACAGUUCCCAGCAUUCUUUGGGGCAGUACGUUAAAUGUAUGGUGGACCUGUGACCUCAGGCUCAAGCGAAAUUGUAGAAAUCCACCACCGCUGCUCUUGGCUCAAUCCCCUUUUACUGAAGCUAAGAGACAAAAAUGUCAACUAAAUGGCUUGGCCAGUUAAAAAUCACUCAUUUUAAGCUCCUCCUGAUCAAUAAAUAGUUAUUGCUAAGGUUCAUAUACAAGUUAUGUUUUACAACCAAUUUUUUAAAAAGUACUUUUAAUGUCCUCUAUCUACCAAGUCUUGGAGGAACUGAAACUCCCUUUGUGGAAAAGGCAGCUCCCACCCGUUCCUGCCAGAUGAGGGAAUGGAAAUGCUAGUCAUGAAAGGAGUAAUGGCUUUGUGGUCCUGCAGCGUCAUUCUCUAUGCCUGUUCAGCAAAUCUGGCAAGUGGGAAAGCGGUGCUGACAAAGAACUUUUUUAAUGCACGAAGGCGAAAAGUUUGGUACUUUGUUGUGAUACGCCAAUCAAACUGAAUUUCCUGGUUUGUAUGUGCUGCUCUCUUGUGGCCUUACAGAACCGUAACAGCUACACCGGCACCAGGAUGGCACUUAGAAAACUAGGAGGAAAGGAAGGAAGGAGAGCUGCCAUACCCUCUUAAUUCUGAAAAAGCCACAAUAUUCACAUUUUGCUCACAUUCAUGCAAGGAGAGAAAACGACACACACGUCUCUGGCCAUUGGGGUCCUUUCCCAAGAGAGAUUGGGACACAAUGAUGCUGCUGAGCCUAAGUCAUGAUCUCCCCACAUCCUGCAGCAUAGAUUAGAGCCUUUCCUCUUGCUUUGCCCUUGCGGCCAGUCUCUCCGUGACAACGUUGAGGUCCACACUUUUGUCCAGCUUGAUGUACGUUUCUUGCCGGAUGGGGAGAACGCUCACCCAGUCGGGCAGCAGCUCUGAGAGGAGACGAAGGUGCUUUUCUGUCUCUCCUGCAGGGACAGAGGAAGAGUUUCAGACAGAGCACUGUGCCAACUGAUUGUUUUCUCACUUAACAGCUUUUGUUAAGUGAGAACAGAAAGCCCCUGUCUAUCAUAGGGAUACCCACUAUAAAUGACUCCAUGGUGGUUAAAUCACCACUGAAAACAUGGCAGGGAAAGGACUCUUUGCAUGCAGACAGUUGCACGAUUAAUCCUCUUAACAACUCCUCUUAAAAAGAUAUGCAGCUUUUUUGGGUUAGAGGGCACAUUCCCAGGGCUCCAUGUAUAGUAAGACGGAAGUCACAUGCUGGCAGAGGGUGGUGCCAGGGUCAAAAAAGGGAAAGUUUUCUAGACUAGCGAUCACCCUGCUUCAGAUUGGAAUACCCAGCCCAACUGGGUUUGAUCGGGUUACCCUCAAGUAUACAGAAGAUUAUUUUUUGUGUAAACACAACAGACCAAUUCAGCCACUGUUGCAGGGGAAGCCGAUCUUUUCCAAUUGUGUGCUACACACACCUAUAAGGUGUUUGUUCUUACACAGCUGGGAGGUAAACAACUUCAUCCCAAGCCAUGGAAGCAGCAAAGCAGUGCUUUGUAAGUCAAGUAUUUAAAGACCAAUUAAGCUGAAACUUUGAUCUCGAACUUGCCUUCCACAGGAGGCAGUGAUGGCCAGCAACUGGGAUGGCUUCAAAAGAGGAUUAGACUAACUCAUGGAGGACAAGGCUACACCCUGCCUCCAACGUUAAGAGACGUUAGGUCUCUGAAUACCAGGCUGCUGGGAAUCGCAGGUGGGCAGAGCACUGUUGCACUCCUGUCCAGCUUGCAGGCUUCCAACAGGCAUCUGGUCGGCCACUGGGGGAAGAAUAGGAUGCUCGGUUAGAUGGGCCACUUGCCUGACCCAGCAGGCCAGUUCCUAUGCUCCUAAAAUACAGCCUAGUCUAGUUGUUCUGAAACUUCAUAGAAAGAGGGGAGACACUUUUUAAAAUGGCUGGGGAAAUAAGAAGGAACAAACCCUGAUGGGGUGGAAGAAUGGAGCAGAUUCAGGUGUUGGGAGCCGCCUAAAAUGAGGCAUGAUGGGAACUAUAGUUCUGCAACAUCCAAGGGGCACAGCUUCCCCAUCUCUGCCUGGAGACAACGCAUCACCCCCCUUCUCUCCCUCUCAAAGCUCGCCAGGUGUGCCCUCUUCCUCCCCUUACCAAACGUCAUGAGGGACCGGUAGCUGGCCAUCAUCCGCUGGCACGCCACCUCCAUGGGCAGCGCCUGCUUCUUCUCCGCCACAAAGACGUUGCGCAGGACCCGCGCCAUCUCCGGCAGACGCGACAGCAUGUCCAGGCGCCGCUCCUGCUGCGGGUUCCGCACCAUCAGCGCCUGCAGCUUUUGAACUUCCUUGGCUCUGACCUGAGAGAGAGAGAGAAAGGGAGAGAGGUGGCGGCGGCGGCAGCAUCAGAAGCGAUCAACCCUGAUAGCUUCUGCGUGCAAAGCAGAUGCUCUGCUGGAACUGAGGUAUGCAUCCUUUAGAAUUCUAAGUGUGCAUCUUGUCUGUGGCAAGGAAAGGGGGUGGGUAGGGCAGGGCAAAGAGCGUUGCAGAAAGAACAAGGAGUGAGUCUGUGUGGGAAGGGGAAGAAUAUAAGAAGAGCCCGCAGGAUCAGGCCAUCUAGCCCAGCAGCCUGUUCUGAGUGGCCAACCAGAUGCCCCCAAUGGGAAUCCCACAAGCAGGGCCCAAGCACAAGGGCACUCUCCCAUCUUGCAAUUUCCAGCAACUUGCACUCAAAGGUGCCACCCUAAUACAAUAAUAAUAAUAAUAAUAAUAAUAAUACUAUGUUUUUAUUUAUACCCCGCCCAUCUGGCUGAGUUUCCCCAGCCACUCUGGGCGGCUUCCAAUCAAGUGUUAAAAACAGUACAGCGUUAAAUAUUAAAAACUUCCCUGAACAGGGCUGCCUUCAGAUGUCUUCUGAAUGUCAGGUAGUUUAUCUCUUUGAUAUCUGAUGGGAGGGCGUUCCACAGGGCGGGCGCCACUACUGAGAAGGCCCUCUGCCUGGUUCCCUGUAGCCUCACUUCUCGCAAUGAGGGAACCGCCAGAAGGCCCUCGGCGCUGGAUCUCAGUGUCCGGGCUGAACAAUGGGGGUGGAGACGCUCCUUCAGGUAUACAGGACCGAGGCCAUUUAGGGCUUUAAAGGUCAGCACCAACACUUUGAAUUGUGCUCGGAAACUACUACUACUUACUAAACUAAAAUAAAAAAUAAAAUGAAAUAAAAGUAAUAGUACAGUGGUACCUUGGGUUAAGUACUUAAUUCAUUCCGGAGGUCCGUACUUGAAACUGUUCUUAACCUGAAGCACCACUUUAGCUAAUGGGGCCUCCUGCUGCUGCCGCGCCACUGGAGCACGAUUUCUGUUCUUAUCCUGAAGCAAAGUUCUUAACCUGAAGCACUAUUUCUAGGUUAGCGGAGUCUGUAACCUGAAGCGUAUGUAACCCGAGGUACCACUGUAAUAGUAAUGGUAAUGAUGCAUGAGGUGGAGCAGGUCGGUGGUCCUGCCCCAUCUGCAAACCCCCUUUCUGACUCUGGAUGUUGCGACCUGGAGUUCCCUACUUUACAAACCAAGAACAAAGGAGACCCACAUCCCACAAGCCUGAAGCCUGCCAGGUGAGGAGACGGCAAGGCACUCACCCUCUCCAACAAGGACUGCGACACCCCUUUCAGGCUGCUGGGGGUGCCAGUCGGAGCUGGCGGGGGUGGCUGAGGGGACUCCGGCACAGAGGGGCUGGUUUCGGCGGUCCUCAGAGCCAGAUUGGCCAGCGCCUUCUCCAUCUGUUGUUGGGUGUGGCAGAAAGAAAGAGAGAGCAGGUGGAUCAGUCAUCACUAGCAGAUUUUCUCACCUGGCAAGCAAAGGAGUCUUGCGUAGCUGAAAAGCAGUUGCGAUGCCAUGCGUAACAGUAAACUGAUAAGCUCCUGAACAAUUUCUCGCCCCCAUCAUGCACAAACAGCCCAUUCAAGUGAAAUGCAGGUGGUUGAGGCAGCAGAAGACCUCUCGCUCCCUCUUCCCCAGCACAGUAAUCAACAACCAACUUUAUCUAGCCACAGGCUUUCCCUCUCUAGUACCAAAUCCCAACUUUUGGACCCCUCCCUUUUUUUGGGGGGAGAGGAAAGAAAGCUGCUAGGGGUUGGCAUUAAGGCCAAAACAAAAACAAGUCCAAAGAAAAAAUUGGCCAACUUCUGACUGCAGGGAAAGAGUCAAUAGUCACACAAGGAGGCAGACCCAUCACAAAUGUUCCUAUUUCGAUGGUCAAGAUCCACUCAUAAUAAAUUCAAGGUAUCAGUAAAAAAAUAUAUAAAAUAUUCCUUACAAAUUUAGUACACAGAAAUUCAAAGUAUUAGCAUACAAAUAUGGCGCCUUCCUCAGUAUGAAGCAUCUCCUAUCCCAAGAUUGUCAGGUGAGGUUGCAGUUGCAACAUCACUGGGGCAUACCCAGUUGGCAGCAACCUACGACAGGGCCUCUUUGCUGGUGGCUCCCCAUUUGUGGAAUUCCUUCCACAAGGAAUUCCAUCUGACGGCUGAAAGAAGCUGCUCCUGGCAACCUUGAGAGAUCACUGGCUAACUGUUUGCAAGAAGGCUGUAUAAAAAAAUGAUGUUAUUGACAGGUUUGUUGCCCUGGGGGCUCCUUUGCAAGGAAGAACAGGAUAUAAAAUGGAAAUAAUAAUAGCUAAGUCGAAGAGUUCCACCCACACUCAGAGGGCCUUCUCCUUUGGCCAGCUUUACCUUGGGCGUCAUCAGGCUGCGAGCCUUGGCCAGCACCUCUUGAGCAGUCGUGAUUUUGUCCACCAGCGGGGGCUGAGGCACCUCUGCAGGGACGACGUCGGGCACGUCAUCAACAUUGAACCGGGGAUGCCACCUUGUCAGUUUGUCUUCCGGCACCACCAUUGGAGGGUUGAGAGACGCCAAGAAAGCCUGUGGGGAGUUAGCACAGGGGAGGUGAUGACUAUGCCUGAUAUAGCACCCGGACCAGCAACUGAUAAGGUAUAGCAAGGUUGUCCCAAACUUGAGUCUCCAGCUGCUUUUGGGCUACAACUCGCAUCAGGACUAGUGGUCAGGGAUGAGGGGAACUGUAGCCCAGAAACAUCUGGAGACCCAAGUUUGGGAAACCCUGAUGUGAAACAACCCUCCAUAGGAGGUAUUUUCUCAUUUACGUGGCAAAGGCAGGAACAAGUGGAGGGAGGAGACGACAGCUGGGAGGGGG